AUGGCCUCUUCCAGCUCAUGCAAAGUCGUGCUCGCCAACUCCAUCGCAAAGAGCCUCCUAUCAGAAGUCACAGCCGGCAUCCAAAAACUAGACCGAGCACCUCGUCUCCAUGGCUUCCUCGCCAACCAAGAUCCCGCCGCUCGCAUGUACGCAGACUGGUCCGCCAAGACCUGCACAGAGAAUGGUGUCGACUUCACACUCCGCGAGGUAGACGCCGAAGAUCUCGAGGACCACCUUCGUGAAGCCAACACCAACGACGAGAUCGAUGGAGUGAUCGUUUACUACCCCGUCUUCAACCCUCCGCGAGACAGAACUCUGCAGUGGACUGUCAGCCUCUUCAAGGAUGUCGAGGGGCUCUCGCCACAGCUCAUUAGCAACAUGUAUCAGAAUAUCCGAUACCUGGACCCUCCGACGAACUCUAUGAAGUCGAUCUUGCCCUGUACUGCUCUGGCCAUAAUCAAGAUCCUGGAGCAUUUGCAGAUUUACAACACGUUCCUGGACUACAGCAAGCGACUUUUCGGGCGCAGGAUUACGGUAAUCAAUCGCAGUGAGGUAGUCGGACGGCCUUUGGCGGCACUACUGGCGAAUGAUGGCGCGGACGUCUACAGUGUGGAUGUCACUGGCGUGCAGCAGUUUAGCAGAGGGUCUGGGCUGAAGAAGCAGAAGCAUGAAGUCACUGAUAAGGAGGGCUGGACUUUGAAGGAUUGUCUGGCGAUUAGUGAGGUGGUGAUUAGUGGUGUGCCAGGUGACAAGUUCAAGGUACCCACUGAGGUUGUGAGGGAGGGUGCUGUGUGCAUCAACUUCUCGAGUGAGAAGAACUUCACUCCCGACAUCAAGGAGAAGGCUUCCAUCUACGUGCCAGCCAUUGGCAAGGUCACCAUCGUCGUGCUCAUGCGAAAUUUGCUUCGCCUUACGCAGAACAGAACACAACAGAACGGCACUCACUAA